AUGGUUUAUAAAAAACACAAUAAAAAAGGGACAGGACCCACAUAUAAAAAUUCUCACAAUAGGGAAAAUGAAUUAAAGAAAAAAAAAAAUACCAAAGCAAUCAAAAAAAAGAAUGAUACAGAUAUGAUCAAUAAUCAUCAGAAUACUGUUAUAUUAAAUCAGAAAGAUGAACAUAAUAUAACUUGUGGUUUAGAGAAUGGAAAAGAUGGUAAUUUAUUGGAUAUGGACAAAAAAAUGAAAUUGAAAGAAAAAGAUCCCAUCCUUUUUGAAGGGGAAAGAAACCCUAAUACAUUGAACAUCAAUAGCAAUUCAACAAAUGAAACAUUAAAUAUUAAUGUAUUAAAUAAGGAUGGAGCAAUUUUAUAUAAAGUACAAGAUGAGAAUAUGAACGAGGAAGAGAAAGAUAAUAAAAUAUGUGAUGUCAAUGUAUUACCAUGUAAUGGAAAAAAUGAAAAAAAAAAUCUCAAGAAUGAAAUGAAAAAAAAUAAGAAAUCGACAAAAUUAUAUGCUAAUAUUAAUAAUAAUGAAAAUAAUGAAAAUAAAACUGAACUUGAUAUAUAUCAAAAUGAAAUUAAGGAAUCAUAUAAAAUGAAUAAUAAAGGAUGCAAAAAAGUAAAUAAAAAUAAAUUGACAACAAAGGAAAAAAAAAAUAAAAUGGUUAAUACAAAUGUAUAUGAACAUAAUAAUUUUAACGAUAAUGUGAUGAAUGAUAAUGUUGAAAAUACCAUAUAUGAGAAUAAUAUAGAUUCUACAAAAAUGGAUAGUUAUCAAAAAAACAAUAAAACUUUAAAUGAGAAAGAGGACAAGAAUUGUUUUAUAAAAGAAAAUGAAGGAUCAAUAAAUGAUAUAAAUAAAGAAAAAGAAAUAAAUAAAACAAUGGAAAAUUGCAAUGAUAUAUUAAAUGGUCCCAUAAUAAAUGAGGGAGAUAAUGAUUAUACUCUUCUGAACAAUGUCAAAAAUAAAAAGAGGGAAUAUACAAGAAAAUAUAAAAACAAGAAAUUAUGUGCACAGGAUAGUGAAAAGAAUGAUCUAAAAGUAAACGAAGAUGAAGAAAAAAAUAAAAAAAAGUGUAUGAAAAGAAAAAAUAUUGAAGUACAAGAACAAGUGAAUUUGCAUGAAAAAAACGGAAAAGAUAUUAUUAAUAGUGAUAAUAAUAAGAUUAAUAAUGUUGUAGAUGAUAUUAUAUCUAAAACGGAAAAGAAUGUAAAUACAAAUGCGGAGGAUAAUGUUCAUGAAGAAAAAAAUGUUGCUAAACGUUUGGAAAAGGGGGAAAUAAAAAAUGCAAAGAGAAGUAAAAAAAUGAAGAAUACUAGUGUUAAGAAUGAUGAUAUGAUAAGUGAUAAUAAUAAUAUUAUUAGAAAUAUUAGUACAAUUACAACAAAUACUAAUAAUACUUCAGCAACUACUACUAAUACUUCAGUAACUACUACUCCCUUUAAUCAUAAUAAUAAUAACUAUAAGGAAGACAUUAAUAUUAGUGAGGAUAUAAAUAAAUGUCUUGGUGAAUUGAAAGAUAACCAAGAAAAGUCCCAGAAUGACAACACAAAUAAUGACAGUGGAGGAAAAAAGAAAUAUAGGAGACUUUUGAAAAAUUUAGAAAUUGAUUUAAGUAGCAAAAUUAUAGAUCAUGAUAUAUCGAAAAGGAUUAGAACAUGGAGUGGAAAUUUAAGUUUAAAAGAAAAAAUUAAUUAUUUUAUAAAAAAUAAUAUUGCAACUAAAACUGAAUAUAAAUAUGGAAAGAAACCUAAUACCUUAUCUAUAUGUAAUCAAUUUAAUUUAUAUAACCAUUUAACUAUGCUAAAUGAUUUUAAUAGAUUACAUUAUUAUAGAGCAGCUAUGAGAUGGACUGGACAUAAUGAUGUAUCAUGUGAAUCAAGUAGUAAUAAUUUGGUAGAGAAUGGAAAUAAUUGGACUAAUACAUGUUCUGUUAAUUCAAUAAGGAGUAAUAGUAUAAAUAUGAAUAAUUCAAACAAUGGUGAUAAUAAUACCUUAAGUUUAUGUUAUACUGAAAGUAUUAAUAGUAUGAUGAAUACUGCUAAUGUAAAUACAAUGGACAGCAUGAAUUUAUAUAAAUUAAAUAAUAUGAAGAGUGGGAAUAAUCCAUAUAUUUUUUUUGAAAAUAACAAAGGUUGUUAUGUUUAUAAUAAAAACAUUAUUGAAAUAGGGACUGGUCCAUUAUCCUUAUUAUCCAUUAAUGCUAUAUUAAACGGUGCAAAACAUGUAGAUGCUUUAGAGGUUAAUAAAGAUGCUUCUGAGAUGGCCAAAAAUUUAAUAGAAGGAUAUAAUUUAGAAGAUUAUAUUAAAAUUAUAAAUUGUUAUUCAAAGGUAUAUGAAUAUAAAGAAAACGAUAGUCAUAGAAAAUUAAAGAGAAAGAAUCUUUCAUAUAACUUUAAGGACAACAGUUUGGAUGAACAUUAUUGUCGUAAUUUUAAUUAUGAUUUAAUUAUAAGUGAAGUCAUUGGUGAUUUUGCUUCACAAGAAGGAGUGGCUGAUAUAUAUUUGGAUUUACAUAAGAAAAUAUUUUCCUAUAGAAAAUAUCAAGAAUAUUUAACACAUUGGAAUUCAUCGAAUAAUAGUACUACGGAGUUAUCCGUUUCAAAAAUGGAUUCCUUAAAAGAUAGGGAAUUGAGAAAUGAAGGAACAGAUACAAAAGUAGGUGUAACAAAAAUAAACGAAAAUGAUAAUAUAAAAUAUGACGAUAAAAAUUUAAGUAAUAUUAAUAGUGAGGAGGAUAAAAAUAACAAAAAAUUGAAUGUUAAUAUUAUGAAUAAAGAGAAGAAAUUAACAUACCAUCAAUUUUCUUCUAACAGCGAAUUAUAUAAUUGUGAAGAAUUCUUUAAUAUGAAUAUCAAAAGUAUUCCAUAUAGUGUUACCACAUUUUAUUGUCCUGUUAAGUUUCCAUAUACAGAUAAUAUAAUAUAUAAAAGUGAUCAAUAUCCUGAAAGAACUAUUAUUAGCCCUAAAAAUAAAUUAUUACAAUCUGUUACUUUAGAUUGGUCCAAUUUGACUUUAAAUAGUGAUGGAAAAGAAGAUACUACUGAUUUUGGUAUAUUAGAAUAUUUAUAUCUAGAACAAAAUAUAAUUAAUCAAGUAAUACAAAAGAGAAAUCAUAUAUUUUGUGUUAAGAAAAGUGGUCCGUUCUGUGGAUUCCUAAUAACUAUUGAUGUGGAAAUAAGAAAGGGUGAACAUUUUGGUACUAAAUAUGGAACAUGUGAUAGUUGGUACACUAAUAUUGUUUUAUUAAAAAAUGAAAUAAUGUUAGAAGAAAAUGAUUUAAUAAUUAAUAAAACAUAUACUAAUUUGUUAAAUUAUAAUGAGCAUUUUGUUGAUAAAAAAACAGUAUUAGUUUCAAGACCUUCCUAUACAUUUUAUGGAUAUAUAUUAAGACCAUUUAAUGAAUAUACUAAUUCGGAUACCAUUUCAGAAGAUGGAAAUACAAUGGAUGGUUCGUCUAAUUCUUUAUCAAAACAAUUAAAUAAUUUAUGUAAUGAGGAUAAUUAUAUAUAUUUGGAUGAUGAAUCUAUAUUAUUAUUGGAUCAAUUAACUUUUUACGAAAAAAAUAUAUUAUCCACAAGUACAUGUAAAGAAAAACAGGAAGGCUUAUAUGAUGAUAAAGAUAUGAUGAAUAACAUAUGUCAUACUGAUGAAGUAAAAAAUAUGAAGGAGGAUUUUGAUAAGGACACUAUAAAAGUGGAAAAAGAACAUAUUGGGAAAAAUUCAAAAGAAGAUGAAAGAUCUCAAAAAAUUAAAAAAAAUAAAUAUUUUGUGGUCAAAAAAAGAUAUAAGAAAAAAAAAAUGGAAUUAGAAGAUAUGGAACAUAAAAAACCGUGUAAUGAAAGCAAAGAAGUGUACGAAAAAGAUAUAGAAGAGAUUACUGAAAAUUAUAAUUUAAAUGCAGAAUUAUAUUUUGAGAAAUUAAAAGAUAAAAUUUUAAUAUAUAAAAAUAUAAAAUAUAGGAUAUUAACUUUUUAUGAUCCAGUGGUUAUUGAUUAUGAUGAACAAGCUACAGUGAUAUAUAAAAAGGAUGAUAUAUAUAAUAGUAAGGAAAAUAAUGUAAACAAAUUUGUGAAUAAUGUGUAUCAAUAA